AUGAAUUUAUUUAAAAUUGUUCACACUCGAAAUCUUACAACUGGCCGCACGCUCGAUCGGCUGGCGGGCGUGCCGGAAGACAAGCUGGUCGAGGCCCAUGGCAGCUUCCACACCAACCACUGCAUUAAGUGCCAAAAGGAAUACGGCAUUGCCUGGAUGAAGAAGGAGAUAUUCGCUGAUCGGCUGCCCAAAUGCACGGCAUGCAAGAAAAUUGUGAAGCCCGAUAUUGUUUUCUUUGGGGAAGACUUGCCCGAAAAGUUCCACAAAAGUUUGGAUGGAGACUUCAAGGAGUGCGAUCUGCUGAUCAUCAUGGGCACCUCGCCGGAAGUGCAUCCGUUUGCAGCUUUGGUGCAGUACCCUGACCGCGCUGUGUGCGUCUCUUUGAUCAAUCGCGAUGCCGUGGGUCGUCCCAAGUUUACCACCUGA